AUGUCGACAGAUACUAUCAACACGACCAUUACGAGUUCGUCGACGGGGCUAACCUUCGUUCCAGCCGGCGCCUGGGUUUCACUCGCAGCGCCGGGCGCUACCAACGGUCAGGCAAAGUUCGACACAGGGAAUGCUCAAGAUGGGUUAGCCAACUCGUACAUAUCAUACACGUUCUCCCAACCUGCCACCCGCUUCCAGUUCUGGGCCUACCAGCGUUCUGAUGGCGGUCUUUUUUCUAUCUGCUUCGAUUGCCCGGCAACGUCUACACUGGGCGACCGCAUCGAUGCACUCAACACUACGGCCGAUGGCAGUGACCCGCCUCGCCUGUUAUACUCCAAGGAUGAUCUGAGCUAUGCGUUUCAUAACGUCACCAUCUUGAAUCUGUUCGAUUCAAGAGCGACUAUUGGGGGACAACAUAAUGGCGGCUAUGGCCAGAUUAACAUGGACCGAUUCUUAUUGAUAACUCCCUCAACUCCCCCAAGCUCGAGCACAUCUGGAGAUGCUUCUAAUGUGACUUCACCUUCAUCGGUAGCGGAAGGAUCGACCAGCCCACCAUCUCCUCGUAGCAAUACGAGAGCCAUUGUCGGGGGUGUGAUCGGGGGUAUCAUAGGGCUGGCAAUCAUCGUGGCAUUAAUCUUGCUGUUCUUGCGGUUCCGAAGACGGAAUGAGAAGCCGGGGAUCUCACCGUACCCCAUGAGAUACGAAGCUGUCCCUCAGCCCAACUCGCCCAUGUUUGCUCUCGAACCAGCACACAGGAAUAGUGACAUGGUGCUUUCUCCCUGGUCGAGAGCAGCUUCCGCCGCGAAUGGUGGAGCUGCACGUGAACCUCCUCCGAAUAACACGGAGAGCACAGUGAUCCGGCCGCUGGCAGCCGUCGGUUACACGAGCCGCGGCCCUAAAAAAGGCGCUCGACCGUCAGCGGCACGACCUGUGACUCAAGCGUCCGAGCUUGUCCCCCCGUCCCUGUACCCGCCAACUUCUGAGUCCAGCUGGACAGCAAGCUCCGAUAACACCGUGGUUCCAAGACGGGAACGGGAUGCCGGAUUUCUGCAAGGAGACGCAGAGAAUGAGGCGAGUCUGCCGCCAGAUUAUACCACUACUACGGCACCCCGAGGACGAAGGUGA